GUUCUAGGCGGCGCGAUCAGCUGACGGGCCGAGCUCUCCUCCCUCAGUGAAGAUGGCGACGGUGAUGCAGAGGCAGCGCUCUCGGAGGAGGCUCGCGGCGCUCACUUUUCUCUCCAAUAUCUCUCUCGAUGGGACACACAGGGACACGAGGCUUUCCCAGUAUGGUCGGGGGGGAUUCCUGGGCAAGGUGGCAGGACCAGAGGUAAGGGCGGAGAUACUGGACGAGAAGGAGAACCGUGAUCAGGUCAAGGAAUCGGAGGAAGGGAGGACCUCGGGAGGGAAGGAUUUCCUCAUUGGGAACUCGGCUUCCGUCUGUCGCCAGGAAUCCGUAGGGGCGUCGCAGGAUCUUGCAGAUGGAGGAGUUCAAGGAGACAAAGGCGUUGGUGGAGAUGGAAACGUCAUUCAUCACACCGUUCACUUCAGAGACAGGACAAACACAAACAACUCAGAGCUUGGUGACCGUCCAGGUGUUCUAAAGAAACGCAUGGGUCUGCAUCACCAUCCGUUGGUUGAUAAGACACAGUGCUUUAGCAGUAAUGAAAGCUUAGGAGCUCCAAUACCAAAUAUUGGAGGAGGAAGAACCAGAAAGUUAUCCAGCAGUGUGUCAGAUACAUCAGGGCCCCCCAGCAAAGAGGUCAAAUUUAUGAAGACAGGACACGAUCUACAAGUCCGAGAUGAGCGAGUAGUUUUGAUAUCAUCCCACAAGAUACCUUUCCACAUCUUUUCCUCACUACCAUACAACAAAUCUAAGCUGGGAGGACGAAAUGACCAUCAUGGAAGAGGUGAAAGUGGACGGCGGCGUCAUCCAUCAGGGAACCGACCCCUCUCCACUAUCAGUGACAGUGUGGAUCCUGCUUAUAUUCUAGGAUUAGAUCGUUCAGAUGAAGUUGGGGAGGUGUCAUACAGUGAACUUCUGGUUCCAUCUCGGAGUUUCUUCUGCAAGCCUCGACGUCAGCAGUCAGAGCACAUAGAACUUGGUGACCCAACGGAGCGUUGUAUGCAUCCAGGUGUUGCUCGGUGUUUCAGCUAUGAACCAGCAACACACAAGGCCACUGCACAUUAUAUUCCACACUCACCCCAUGGACAUUAUGACAAAGGUGUGGUGUCUGGCUCUUCUACCAUGGCCGGCUCUUUGACCUUGUUGAGAGCAUUAGAGACGGGUGAACACAUGAGUAGAAAGGGUUGUGCUUGUGACUUGGAAGAAUGGCGUUGCCCAACUGUUGGUCAUGCAGCAAGUAUACAGUAUGUGCCAAAUAUGCUCGAUGAUCCUGAGUUACGGGCUGGCAAGCAUCGCAAAUUGCUGCGGUUUCCAUCCUACAUGACAUCUGUUAUGGAUUAUACUAAACCUUCAGAAUUGAAAAAGGAGUUAAAUGACAAGUUCCGUGGAAAAUUUCCUCAUAUACAGUUGACUUUAAGUAAAUUACGAAGUUUAAAACGUGAAAUGCUGAAGAUCGCCAGGCAAGACUGUGACAUAGACCUCCUCACAGUGGCACAAGCUUAUGUUUACUUUGAAAGGCUGAUACUCAAGACCAUUGUAAACAAGCAGAAUCGAAAGUUGAUUGCUGGUGCCUGUCUCAUUCUCUCCGCCAAGAUGAAUGAUGUUAAAGGAGAGACUUUGAGUAAUCUCAUUGAGAAAACAGAGAGUACCUUCAGGCUGAACCGGCGUGACCUCACCCAGUGGGAAUUUGCAGCCCUAGUGGCCCUCGAAUUUGGGCUCCACCUCCCCACUUGGCAUGUGAAUCCACACUAUCAACGGCUGCUUUUUGAGUCCUGACGAAAACACCGCGACGUCAAUUAUUCGCAUACCUUGUGAUGAUCUGCUAGAAAGUGUCGUACCAUUAGUGGGUGGUGGAAAAACUAUGGCUUGGCUUCGUAUAGCACUAGAAGGUAUAUAGUUUUUUGGGGUUUGUUUGCUCCUCUUGUUUCCUUUUGUCUUUUUCUUUACUUUGAGUGUAUGCUAGUUAAUGGUAGAGGAGAGUAAGUUGUUUUAUGUUGAUAAUAAUAGGAUGAUUAUUAUUUUUUCCUUGCUGUUGGGUGUUAUUAUUAUUCUAAUAUA